AUGUCUUUUGUGAUUGAUUUCCCGAAUGAAUACAUCCAAUCGGUGGAAGCAACCAAUGAUAAACCGAAGCUAUUUCGUAAUACCGUCAUUACCUCGAUUAAGUUGGAAACAUCAAAGGGUAGAACAUCAAUCUUUGGCUAUGAGGUGGGCAAGAAGUUUAUGCUAGUGAAAACUGGCUAUAGUCUUGUCGGAUUCCAUGGAAAGGAAGGUGAAGCUAUUGAUGCUCUUGGAGCUUAUUUUGAAAAUGUUCUAACGUCUCCUACUCCUACUGCAUCGAUUCCGGGGAUAGUAGAUACAUGGGAUGAUGGUGACUACGACUGUGUAAAGAAGAUACAAAUAGGAUUAUAUGACGAAGGUGUAUCGUUUCUCAAGUUCGAAUACAUUAAAGGCAAUGAACUGGUAUCUGGUGAUGGCCAUGGGAAGAUGACAUCACUCGGAGCUAAAGAGUUUGUGCUUGAGGAUGGUGAAUACCUCACGGCCGUGGAAGUCUCCUACAUAGCUAUGGCGGGCACACCAUAUCCAAAGGUGGCUUCUCUUCGGUUCAAGACGAACAAACGAGAGUCAGCUCUGUUUGGAAUGGAUGCCGGUGAGAAGGAAAUAGAAACAGAAAAGAAGACAUUGUCAAACGACGCAGUCUGA